AUGCCUGGGAUGGCUUUGCUGUCUUACCCGCUGCUGGGGCUACUCCUGCUGACCCUGCUGGGGGCUGCCCUGUUGGGGGCUGCCCUGCUUCUCCGACAGCGUGCUCCAGCACGGAGAAAGAUCCCCAGGGCACAGAAGCGUAGGGAGACAGCGCUGCAGCAGAUGGCAGCCCUGGCACAGCGUCUCCGGCAGCAGGAGCCAGACCUGGACCCCAAGCCCAUCCUGGAGCUGCCCCUUAUGGAGCUGGCCCAGAAAUUGCAGGCAGAAGAACUGAGUCUGGACAGUGUCCUCUGUAGCUACUUAGAGGAGGCGCUGAAGGUGCACCAGGAGGUGAACUGCCUGACGGAUUUCUUGGGGGAAUGUGAGGAGCAACUGCAGACAUUGAAGAAGCUCAAGAAGAGUGAGAGAGGCCUUCUAUAUGGGGUCCCCAUCAGCCUCAAGGACCCCUUUGACUGCAAGGGCCAUGAUUCUACAUGUGGGUUGGCUCAGUACCUGGAGAAGCCAGCGGCUGAAGACGGGGUCAUUGUGAAAGUUCUGAAGGCCCAGGGAGCUAUUCCAUUUGUUAAGACCAACAUCCCCCAGACACUGCUCAGCUUUGAUUGCAGCAACCCCAUCUAUGGACAGACUCUGAACCCUUUGAACCUUAAGAAGACUCCUGGAGGGUCCACGGGGGGUGAAGGAGCUCUGUUGACGGCAGGGGGUUCCAUCCUCGGCAUGGGUACUGACACAGGUGGCAGCAUCCGCAUACCAUCCAGCUUUUGUGGUGUUUGUGGCCUGCGGACCACGGGAUACCGCAUCAGCUACACUGGAGUUGCCUCCGCUGUGAAGGGCAAGAAAUCAGUGAUCACCGUGGCUGGCCCCUUGGCCCGGGAUGUGGACAGCCUGGUGCUGUGCAUGCGAGCCCUGCUGAGCAAAAACAUGCACCAGCUGGACCCCACUGUACCUCCCAUGCCCUUCAGGGAAGAGGUAUACUCCAGUAACCGGCCCCUUAGGAUUGGCUACUAUGAAUCAGAUGGCUACACUGAACCAUCUCCUAGCAUGCUCAGGGCUGUGAGGCUCACCUCCAGGCUGCUCCAUGAUGCAGGACAUGAGAUCAUCCCCUUCUCCAUCCCCCGGGUAGAGUAUGCCUUACUACAUCUGUACAAUGAGGGUCUGUUUGCCGAUGGAGGGGCCACCAUUCUUGAGAAGCUUGAGGGGGACAUUGUGGACCCCACCAUGAAGACGUUAGUCAGCUUCUUCCGCCUGCCGGACCUAGUGAAGUACUUCUUGAUCUGGAUCCUAAAAUACAUAGAGCCCCGAACUGGCAAGAAUUUGGAAGGGAAUAUGGGAGUGGGGACACCCAAGAAACUGUGGGAGCUGCACACGGAAACAGAGGAAUAUCAGCAAGAGUUCAUAGCCAAAUGGAGGUCCUUGAACCUGGAUGUGCUGCUGGCACCGUCUCUGGACCCUGCCUUCUAUAUAGGCUAUCCUUCCAAAUCAGCAGAGAGCGUCUCUUACACCGGACUGUACAACCUGUUAAACUUCCCUGUUGGCGUGGUGCCUGUUACGACCGUGACACUACAGGACCAAGAAGAACUGGCCUUCUACAAGGGGUACUACGGAGACAAAAGUGACAGAAAUUUCGUGGAGGCGAUAAAAGGAUCCGUGGGGCUUCCAGUGGCUGUGCAGUGCAUUGCUUUGCCAUGGGAAGAGGAGCUGUGUCUUCGGUUCAUGAAGGAGGUGGAGACCCUGGCCAAAAACCAGAGUGAACCCAAAUGA